AUGCAUUAUUUGAUGCCGGUAAAACAUAAUGUAUUGUCAUUACAUUCAUCUGCUAAUGAAGGUCCAGGUGGUGAUGUAUCAGUAUUUUUUGGAUUAUCUGGUACAGGAAAAACAACACUUUCAGCUGAUCCAAGCCGAUUUCUGAUUGGUGAUGACGAACAUUGUUGGUCCGACAACAAUAUCUUCAACGUAGAGGGUGGCUGUUACGCAAAAUGUAUAAAUCUAUCACCGGAAAAAGAACCCGAGAUUUUCAACGCAAUUCAGUUUGGUUCAGUAUUGGAGAAUGUUGUUUAUGAUGAAAAUACUCGUGUGGUCAAUUACGAUGAUAACUCAUUAACCGAAAAUACACGUUGUGCUUAUCCAAUUGAAUACAUUCCAAAUGCCAAGAUACCUUGCAUGUCAACUAGUCAUCCAAAGAACAUCAUUCUUCUGACUUGUGACGCUUAUGGUGUGAUCCCACCUGUAUCAAAACUUUCAUCAGCACAAGCGAUGUAUCAUUUUAUUUCCGGCUACACGGCGAAAAUAGCAGGUACAGAAGACGGAGUCACAGAACCUGAAGCAACAUUUUCUGCAUGUUUUGGUCAACCAUUCCUGGUCUUGCAUCCAGCUCGUUAUGCACACAUGUUGGCAGAUAAAAUGGAACAACACAAAGCUGAUGCUUGGCUAGUUAAUACAGGAUGGAGUGGUGGGGCAUAUGGAGUUGGGGAAAGAAUUAAACUCAAGUAUUCCAGAGCUAUAAUUGACGCGAUCCAUAGCGGUGAGCUUGCAAAUACAACGUAUGAAAAUUACAAAGUAUUCAAUUUAAAGAUUCCAACAACAGUUACAGGGGUACCAUCCGAAAUAUUAAAUCCAGAAAACACUUGGAAGGGACCAAAAGAAGAAUUCGUAAAAACCAGAGAUUCUCUUGCUAAACAUUUCAUUGAAAAUUUUAAAAUUUAUCAAGAAGAGACUACACCAGAAGUUCUUGCUACUGGACCAAUUCUUGAAUGUUAA